GAGGCCCUGCAGUGGCCCCGCUCGGCCAGCAGAGGAGGGUGGCUGCCUGCUCAGUGGCUUCGGCCUCUGGCAGGUGCUCUCCCCUGAGUGGGCCAAGCCAGAGAGAGGGCACUGAGGUCAGAGCGGGGCAGGUUUUAUUUCGGGCAUCGGCGACCUCUCCCCUCGGGGCACCAGGCCCGCGGUGCGACCGGACAGCAUCGAGCCGGUGCUGCUGGACGGGCCACCGGCUGCGGAAGGCCUGCGACAGGGCGCAGUGAUGCUCAUCUCGGCCGCCUCCGUGGCCCCUGAGACGGCGGGCCCGGGCCCCCAGGGCUCCCCCGGGCCCCCCCGCCCCUGCUGCCCAAGCCUGGGAAGGACAACUUGCGUCUGCAGAAGCUCCUGAGGAAGGCGGCCCGGAAGAGGAUGGGCAGGGCUGGGCCCGCUGCCCCUCCCGCGGCCUUCCGCACCGCCCUGUCCCCCGUGAGCGAGGCCAGCCACGACCCGGAGACCCCAGCCCCAUGCCCAGCCCAGGCCCCGCAAGCGGAGGCCCCCCUGCCCCGCUCCCCCACACCCCGUCAUCCACCACGUGGCCUCGCCCCUGCAGAGGUCCACCUUCUCCUUCAGCCUCACCGAGCGCAGGAGCCUGGCUUCUCACUUCAAGGCCGGGGGGCCCCAGCACGCGGCCCCGGCCCCAGAACCCUCCCGGUCCCCCAGCGGCCUCACCCAGGUGCUGGCCCCCGCCGCGAGGGGCACCCACAUCAGCCAGGUGCACAUCCGGCUGGCGCCAUCCCCGCAGGCCCGGACUCCUGAGCUCCCCCAGACGGCCCUGGAUGGGGGGCUCGGCGGUCGGGACCAAGACAACGACGCCCCGUGCCCUCCUGGGGCUCAGGCCCUGAUCCCAGUGGCCCACAUCCGCCCACUGCCCGUCGGGGCCCAGGCUGCCAGUCCCUGCCCUGAGGCGCCCCCUGUGCCCAGGCCGCCGCCCGGCUUCCAGGCCUCGGUGCCCAGAGAGGCCAGCACCCGGGUGGUGGUGCCCAUCGCCCCCACUUACCGCUCUCCAGGACCCUCGCCAGACCGGCUGGCCCCUGCGGCCCCUGAAGCAGGGCGCCUGGAGGAGGCCCCCAUGGCUGACCCUGCUGCUGAAGCCGAACAGGUCUCCAGCCCCCACGGGGCCUCGGCCCGUGCCCCACCGUCAGGCCCCCACCCAUGCCCUGUUCCCAAAGUGGCGCCCAAGCCCUGGCUGAGCGGCUGGACGCGCCUCAAGAAGCAGCUGCUAGAGGAGGCGAAGGAGCCCUCCUUCCUGGGGCCGGAGCAGAGCCCCCCAGGGCCCCCACACCAGAGCCCAGGACCCGCGGAGCAGGGGGUAAUGGCCCCUCCCAGACCGGCACCCCGGCCUCCCGCCUCCCGGGCCUCCAGAAUGUGGGACGCGGUGCUGUACCGUAUGUCGGUGGCCGAGUCCCGUGGCGCCCAGGCGGGGCCCAGGGAUGGGGCGAGCACCCCGGGCGGCCUCGGCCGCCUGCCCUUCCUCUGUCGGCCGCGCUUCAACGCCCGGAAGCUGCAGGAGGCGGCCUCCCGGCCCCCGCCUGUGAUCCACCCUAUCCUGGACCUAAGCCCCCAGCCCAAGAACUUCAACCGGACGGCAGCAGGCUGGAGGCUCCAGUGAACAGACGGGGAGACCCCCAGGGCGCAGUACGGUGGGGUGGACAGAAGAGGGGCUGAGGGUCCAGCUGGGAAGCCACGCCGUUGAAGAGGGCCCCGGGGCCAGACAGAGGCUGUGGGGAGCCGGGGUGGGGCGGGCUGGGCAGAUGGAGGCCUGAAGGGUGGUCACAGCAGGUGGGAGGUGGCAGGAGCAGGUGGGGUUGAGGGGGAGCUGGGUGUGUCAGCAGGACAGGCUGAGAGGAGCCUGUGGAGGUGUGGGGCAGGGGGUGCUUGUGGGGUGAACCCCUGGGGAGUCGGGAAGGACAUGAGUCUCCCUGCGGCAGGGAACGGGGUCCUUAACCUUGUGGGGCAGGGCCAGCCAGUGUCUCUGCUUGGGCUGGGGGCAGGGGUGCUGGAGGCGGUCCCCAGAGGGGCCACCCCUCGGGAGGGCCCGCCUGGGUCCAGGGAAGCUGCAGGCAGGGAGCAGCUUUGAGUCCUGACACUUGACAGGGGAGGAUUCCGGGGCCCCCUCCCUUCUGCCAAGAAAGACUGCAGGUGACAGGGAGCUGUGCAGAGCGGGGCGAUGGGAGAGGGGUGGGGUCUCCGUGUCGGCCGGGGCCGGGCUUCGGGGUGUGAAAUGAGGGGUAUCAGAGAACAGCCCAGCUGAGGGGACAGGGAGGGGCUGUGGCCUGGCCGGGGUGGUCAAGGGGACCCUGGGCCUCAUGCAGCUUUGGGGGCCCCCAUCUGCACCCGGCUGGGGUCGGACUCAGGACGAGCGCCAGGGCUGUGACGGGGCCAGCUGCCACGUGAGAGGGCCACGGAGGCGCUGGGGAAACUCUGGCCGCAGCCCCUGGGAGCAGGACUCGGGAGGGGAAGAAGGGGCUGAGGGUCCAGCUGCCCUGCCCAGGACGUUCUGGGGCUGUAAAUGGAUUUUAAUAAAAGUGUGUAUCGUCGCGGCCGUA